UGUUUUAUUACGUCAAGUGUAGAACACAGAAUGCACACGUAAUGCGUAAAAUUGGAAGUUGCAUCGCUUGCCACUCAGUGUACAGCUGGUACCCUUCGCUUAUAGUGAAUAAGAUCGGUGCCCUCGCACGUGCUGGGUGAGAUAUUGCGCGUUGGGCUUUCUCCUGUUGGUGAAUACAUUUUACUUUAUAGUCAAGACAAGUGGCAAAGAUGUCAAUCCUUGAAAGAAUAGCAGACAUUGAAAAUGAGAUGGCCAGAACCCAGAAGAACAAGGCCACAAGUGGUCACCUGGGCUUGCUGAAGGCCAAGCUGGCCAAGCUGCGUCGGGAGUUGAUCACGCCCAAGUCCAGCGGCGGCGGCACCGGCGAGGGCUUCGACGUCAGCAAAACAGGCGACGCCCGCGUGGGCUUCGUCGGUUUUCCGUCGGUGGGUAAGUCGACCCUGCUGAGUAACCUGGCCGGAGUGUACUCGGAGGUCGCCGCCUACGAGUUCACCACGUUGACCACCGUGCCCGGCUGCAUCAAGUACAAGGGCGCCAAAAUACAGCUGCUCGAUCUGCCGGGCAUCAUCGAGGGCGCCAAGGACGGCAAAGGUCGCGGUCGUCAGGUGAUCGCUGUGGCGCGCACCUGCUCUCUCAUCUUCAUUGUUCUGGACGUGCUGAAGCCGCUGCAGCACAAGAAGAUGCUGGAGCACGAGCUGGAGGGCUUCGGCAUCCGGCUGAACAAGGAGCCGCCCAACAUUGUGUUCCGCCGCAAGGACAAGGGUGGACUCAACUUCCAGACCAUGGUACCUCAGUCGGAGCUCGAUCUGGACUCGGUGAAGACCAUCCUGAACGAGUACAAGAUCCACAACGCCGACAUAACGCUGCGCUGCGACGCCACCUCCGACGACCUGAUCGACGUGGUCGAGGGCAACCGCAUCUACGUGCCCUGCAUCUACCUGCUCAACAAGAUCGAUCAGAUCAGUAUAGAGGAGCUGGACAUCAUCUAUAAGAUUCCGCACUGUGUACCGAUCUCGGCACAUCACAAGUGGAACUUUGAUGACCUGCUGGAGAAGAUGUGGGACUACCUGCAGCUGCUCAGACUCUACACCAAACCUAAAGGCCAGCUUCCGGACUAUGAGACUCCUGUGGUGUUACCCCGGUCCAAGCACGCGGUAGAGGACUUCUGCAACAAAAUCCAUCGCACCAUCAUCAAGGAAUUCAAAUACGCGCUAGUGUGGGGCGAGUCGGUCAAGCACCAGCCGCAGAAGGUGGGCAAGGAACAUGUUCUCUGCGACGAGGACGUGGUGCAGAUCGUGAAGAAGGUGUAGCCUUCACUGAGGACAGCAAGCUGUGAUGGCGCGCUUCUGGGACGGGCCACGGGUCUGAAUAACGCUGCUAUGAAACUGCCUGUCCGCUGUGCCCGGGUCUGCUCGGUGGAAUGCUCUUGUUAUGGUAAUGCAACGCAGCCUGUUUCUGCGCACAAGUGUUGUGCACCGGAAAUAGAUUGGGCAUGCACCUACAGUUGAGUGGUUCUAUUUCAGCCCGCUUCACGAGAUCGUUUCUGCGACUUAC